AUGUUGAGAAGCCAAGUUCAGAAGCAGGGCGGCUUCUACGUCUGCGCAUCAUGUCGCCGACAAAACCGGCACAGCUUGACCCAGCUGCGCUCUAGAGCCCCAACGCCAGGCCGAGCAACCUCAUCCGCGUCGCAACUCUUCUCCUCAGCUUCCCGCACACUUUCUAGCCGUCAAGUACCACGCGACCCUCGAGCUGCAGCCCCGCAGAUACACAACGACCCCCUCUCCGUGGCGACCCGGACAGGCGUCCGGGGUUACAGCUCAUAUGGCAAAUUUGGGUCAGGCACGUUACCCGGCCAGACAAAUGCGGACUGGGCGAAAGCAGUCUCACCGUCUGGCUGGGGAGGGAGAAAGCCAGGAGCCAGCAAGAUAACGCCGGCCAAGCCUACAUCCGUAGCACCGGCCGCAUCUACUCCCAUGCCAGACAGCGGCCUACCUUCGACCAGUGCAUCGGGUCAGCAGAGUGCAGCUUCUGCGCGAGCCACAGCCUCCGGAGACUCAAGUGAGAACUUGGCCCAGGAUAGAGCAUGGCAGCCGACCGAUCAUAGGCCUUUCCAUGUCCAAGCCGGGUUCGCUGACAGAAAUCCGAUUCGACCCACGAGGGAAACUGAUACGGGCGGCGGCAAAUUGCCUGACCGUCCCGCAUCUCGAAUUCCAGGACUGUCUGGCAGGGGCUCGAUGGGUAGCUUCAAGUCUGAAGCGAUACCGCGUCGAGAGAACGCCCCAUAUACUCCGCUCCCUACCUCCGAAGCUCACUCUAAGAUUCAGCAGCCCGGACCCCACCAUCAACAUCGGAUGCGUCCAGCUUUCUCCGUGAAAAGAGAAGUAUCCAGGCCGCAACGCCCGCCUCCGGGAUCCGAGUACCCUCAGCUUCGCCGAAGAUCGCCGAGCGUGGAUGACUUCGAGACUCUGAGUCCUUUCAACAUACCCGGUGAGGGUAAGCCUUCCUCGACACCACCCACAAAUCUACCUCUCGAUAAGCCGCCACGUAGGUCAACAACUAGGACAGUCAGACUAGACCUCGGUUCCAGUUUGCGCAAGCCAUCGAGAAUCGGGGACUCGGCGCCAGAUCCAGUCGACAGCUUUGCCAACUCCAGUGUAGAAAGAUCCUCGAGCCUCGGAGAUGUGGCGCCCAGCCGCCUGGAGGCUGCUAUAGACGUAGGCCGACGGCCGAGCCGUGAAUCCUCGAAAGUGUCAAAGCCGGUCGACCAGUUUUCGUUGAUGCGGGACGCAUCGAACACAGCACAAGGUACUCAGAAUACCAUCGCCAAGGACAGCGAUUGGGGGCUUUUGGAGAGCGACCUAGUUUCCCCCCGAGGGCAACAUGCACGGAGGCGUCGCGAGGAGGCUCGGGACUUUCCUGCAGGUGACAUGGCUUCGCCUGAAGAGCGACAUGCACAGAGGCGCCGCGAGAAUACCUUCAACCAAACAGGAUAUCGAGGGCAAGACUCGGGAGCACGCCCUGCGCGCCGAGAGAGGGAGUCUGACAGGCGCGGCCGCAGCAAAGAUGUCGAGCGAUCUGACGACAAACCAAAGAAAAGGCAGAACUACCGGGCCCGAGACUAUGACGAGGGUGACGAGGAUGAGCAUGACCCUGGGUUCGACUACGAAGAGUACCGAGCUCGAAAAGAGGCGACCAGACGGCGGAAGGAGGAGAAGAGGGCCGCGAAGGAAGCUUCGGCCCCAAAGACGAUUUUGCUGCCGGAGUAUAUAACCGUCUUUGAUCUCGCACAGGCGCUUGGUGUCAAACCACAACAAUUCCUCAGCGAUCUUGGCGAACUUGGAUUCGAGAACAUACUUCAUGACAGUAUCAUGACGGGUGAAACCGCUGCGUUAGUCGCUGGGGAGUAUGGUCUUGAUCCUAUCCUCGAUACAGGCGACAAUGUAGAUUUGAAACCACGACCAGCACCAGAAGAUCCGUCAGCGUUGCCACCUCGGCCACCAAUCGUCACCAUCAUGGGGCAUGUCGACCAUGGCAAGACCACCAUGCUAGACUGGCUGCGCAAGUCAUCUGUUGCGGCACAGGAGCAUGGUGGCAUCACACAACAUAUCGGUGCUUUCUCAGUUCGUCUUUCUGCAGGCAAGGUCAUUACCUUCCUGGAUACUCCUGGCCACGCCGCGUUCUUGAGUAUGCGGCAGCGUGGUGCCAACGUGACAGACAUUGUAGUCCUCGUCGUGGCCGUUGACGAUAGUGUCAAGCCACAGACCCUCGAGGCCCUCAAACACGCUCAAAACGCAAAAGUGCCCAUCAUCGUGGCUAUCAACAAAAUAGACAUGGAUGAAAGACGUAUCGACCACGUCAAACAGGAUCUAGCCGCCAACGGCGUGGAGAUUGAGGACUUCGGCGGCGAUGUGCAAGUGGUCGCCGUGAGCGGAAAGACAGGCAAGGGAAUGGACGACUUGGAAGAGAGCAUCCUCACCUUGUCCGAAAUCCUGGACGUUCGCGCCGAGACGGACGGCAUGGCCGAGGGCUGGAUCCUCGAGGCGAGUGUCAAGGUCGACGGCAAGGCGGCGACAGUGCUCGUCAAGCGCGGCACCCUGCGCGUGGGCGACCUGAUCGUGGCCGGGACCACGUACGCCAGGAUCAGGAUGAUGCGCAACGAGGCCGGGGCCGUCAUCGAGGAAGCCGGGCCGGGAACGCCUGUCGAAGUACUAGGGUGGAGAGACUCCCCAGCAGCUGGAGAUCUGGUCAUCCAGGCGGAGGAUGAGGACAGAGCCCACGCGGCGGUUGACUACCGAGCAGAACUUGCGGAUCGAACUAGGGCCGCUGCGCAAAAGGGAGAGGAGGAGGUGAAGAACCGCGAGAAGGCCGAGCAGGAGGCGCUAGAGAAGAUGAUGGCAGAAGGUGGCGAGGACGCUGUCCCAGCCGAGGCAGAGCAAACGGGGCCCAAGACAGUAAAUAUCAUCGUCAGGGGCGACGUGAUGGGAUCCGUCGAGGCCGUCUGCGCGGCAGUCAUGGAGAUCGGCAACAAUGAGGUGCAAUCGCGGAUUCUGAGGUCUUCCCCCGGUCAGAUCAACGAGUCUGAUGUCGACCUCAUGGCUGUGGCCAAGGGCUGCAUCAUCAACUUCAACAGCCCCAUCCCGGGCUUCAUCAAGAGCAUGGCCGAGGCACAGGGCGUCAGGAUUCUCGACCACACGAUUAUCUACCACCUUGUCGAGGACGUCAAGACGAUGAUGUCAGAGCAGCUGGCGCCGAUCAUCAGCCAGAAGGUUCUGGCCGAGGCUGAAGUACUGCAGGUGUUUGCUAUCAACAUUGUGAAGCGGAAGUUCAGGAACAUCGCCGGUGUGAAGGUGAGGACGGGCUCCUUGACAAGGGGCGGGUUGUACAGGGUGAUGCGGAAUGGGGAGAAGGUCUUUGAAGGCAAACUUGAUGCUCUGAAGCAGGGCAAGAAGGAUGUCAAGGAGAUGAGGAGAGGUACCGAGUGUGGUCUUUCGUUUGAGGCCUGGGACGAGUUUCAGCCUGGCGACAUCAUCCAACUAUUUGAAGAGGUACAGCAGAAGCGGUACCUGUGA